GUUAAUCACCAUGACCAUAUUAUAGAUGCGGACAUCAACCCAUAAUGGACCCGAAUCCCAACUGAAACUGUCAACAAUGAUGGAACUUUAUUGAUAGCAGAUUGGACAAGUAAAUCCCCGAGUGAAUGUAACUGCUUCGGUAAAACUUUCACCUCAUUUACACUUAGUUUGUGAAGGAGUAUAUCUAAAAUGGGUGUUAGGUUGUCAAGGAUCGGGGCGAUUGUGCCCCAAGGUUCUACUGCAGAGGUGAUAUCAAUGUCAAGUGAGGUUAGCAUGGUGAGCUCCGCACUCGAGAGACCUAGUAUCGCAAGAAGACUGUGCAAUGCAAAUCCAAUCACAAAACGAGGACGACAGCUUCAAAUGGCGAAGAUGUUAUUGAUCCCAAUGAUACCGAUCCUUGGCCUCAUCAUUCAGACCUCACUGACGCUGAGUGACGUGGUGACGCAUAACAACAAGCUCGUUGUUGUUGGCAACAACGUGGAUAGGGCACAAGAGUUGGGUAGCUUGAUCCAUAGUCUCCAAAGAGAACGCACAGAAGCAACUCUCUUCGUAAACACCCCUGAGGACAAUCUAGCGCAUCAUAACGUUCGAGUUCUUGACACAGCAUUUCUGGCUACUGACAAUGUCCUAGCCAAGCUCAAAGAAUGGAACAUCUACGGUACAUCGGACCCAAACUUUGCCUCACGAAGGAACUUCGAAGAACUUUUAAAACUCAGUAGAAGGCAAAUAGAAAAAGGGCGAUGGUCAGGUCGUGAGACAUUUGCAUUCUAUGUAAAUACAAACGCCAUAUUGAUGCGUUCUAUGACUAAGGUUGUUUACAAAACUGAACAUACUCGUCUCUGGAAGUUAUUGUUAGCGUAUACAAUGGCGAUACAGGCCAGUGAAAACAUCGCCUGUGAGACUGCACUUGGUGAGGAGUUCUUCACGAAUGGAACAUUGGGAAAGAAUGAAUCCUACCAAUACUUAAAAUAUGUAGCCCUGGGAAAAGAUGUGUUGAAGACAAUGCAACAAUACUCGACGAUUGCUAAACAACUAUAUGCAAAUCUCUAUCUGGUGCACAAAACAAAUGUAGAGAUAACUGAAAGACAACGAGGCAUCAUUCUGAACAAAGUCACAUCUAAAAUCCACGAAAGAGAAGUGAAUGCAACGGUUACGAGAGAACCAAUUGAAGCACAAAACAAUGCUACAAGCGAGACAAAUGGAACAAAUGACAAUGAAGUCCCGGUCAGUGGAGAAAUUGGUGGUCAGAAUCUCGACUUUUCUUUUAACAUAACUGAAUUGGACCUGUGGAUAGAUACGAUGAACAACUAUACAGAUAUCAUCAGCAUGAUUCAGAACAAGCUCCAUGACGCCAUUGACGCGUUCAUAUUUCGUGAUAUAGAUGGCGCCAAGAAUGAAGUUGUCGCUUCAGUCGUUAUCCUUGUUAUAAUCCUCAUAAUUACGCCAUUGAUCUUCUUCUCAAUCCAGCGGUUGACGUGCACGAUUCAGGACUACGCCAUCGGUCUAUCUAGCAAGACAAACGAGUUAAAAAGAGAAAAGAAACGUAGUGAUAAUCUGUUAUACCAGAUGUUACCAAAGUCAGUAGCCUUGCAAUUGAAAACGUCGUCAACGGUACCUGCCGAGUCGUACCAUUCGGUCACCAUAUACUUCAGUGACGUCGUGGGAUUUACGUUCUUGUCUGCCCAAAGUACUCCAAUGCAGGUUGUUAAUUUCUUGAACGCUCUCUACCAUUUCUUUGACUUUAAGAUAGACCAGUAUGACGUCUACAAAGUUGAGACUAUAGGGGAUGCUUACAUGGUAGCAUCGGGUCUACCACAACGUAAUGGUAAGCGCCAUGUUGGAGAAAUAGCAUCACUCUCAAUAGAUCUUCUUGAGGGAAUCAUCAACUUCAAAAUACCACAUAUGCCCAACGAGCGUCUCAAACUUAGAAUAGGACUACAUACGGGCCCUGUGGUUGCUGGAGUGGUCGGAAGCAAAAUGCCGCGAUACUGUCUGUUUGGAGACACCGUCAAUAUAGCCUCACGCAUGGAGUCCAAUGGUUUGCCACUAAAAAUCCACGUCAGCUCCCAGGCCAAGCGUGCUCUUGAUAAACUUGGUGGAUACAGGACAGAACCACGAGGCAAGGUGGAUAUAAAGGGCAAGGGGCAGAUGGAGACCCAUUGGUUGACAGAGAAGUUGGAAGACGCAAUCAAGAGCCGUUCUGAACGACCAGGUGCGCUACAACGUGGCAUACCCAGGGGUUCGAGGGGCGGCUCACUUUUCCCUGGCGCAAGCACGUUAACCAGUAGGAUUUGAACAGUUAUAUGAAAUAUACUCGGCAAGUGACUUAUGGAGCAAUUAGGGAGGUUAACUUUCCAUCGCCUUUCACGUAAAAGUAAACGUAUAAUGGGGAGGUUAAGCUACACGGUUUUGAAAAAACGUGUACGUGAGUAUGUAGAAUUAUUGUCCUCUGUGGAUCACUUCUCCAAUUUGUAGUGUUUACUUGACCGAUUGAGUUUAAAGGUAUACGGAAAAUAAUUGUAAUUAGGUCCCUUGAAAAGUGAAUUGAGAGCUGAACAUGAAUCCCCAGGUGCCGAAAUAUUACACGUUCACGAAGUGGUUUUCUUAAUCCAUGUAGCUUAACCUUCCUUAUAUCACCAGGAACAGCUGCUUCUUCGAUGCACGAUAAUGGAGAUAAAGGGAAGGGUAUAACUAAGUCCCAGGGACAAUAUCCCAAGGACUUACAAUAUUACACGUUCCCAUCCAGGUUCUCCAAAAUAUAAUGUAACUUGACCUUUCUGAUAUAAACGGGACCUGUCUAAUGUGAACUUAGUGGUUUCGAUUGUGAUUAGAACCACGUAGAAAUUAUUAAAAGUACACGAAUCUGAACACUUCAGACUAUGAUUGAUGUAUUGUAACUUACACGUAUAUAUAUAUAAAUAAUACACAAAUAAACAGAAAAUUCAAGUGUCUCAAUAUCGAAAAUUUCCUAAGCAUUAGUUAAACUCACAUACGAGGAAUAAGGACACCUGUGCCUAAUGACAUGGUGUCUAGAUUUGUCCAAAUAGUCGAAGUAAUUUAGAUUCAGAUGGCUUGCAAGCCGACGUCCGA